AUGAAAAAUAUAAGUAAAGUUCAAAGUCAAGAAUAUUUUCAAAAAAAAAGUACCAAAUCAAGUUCAUUAAAAAAAAUAUUUUCUUAAAGAGUAAGUUGAGCUUCAUAAUGGUUUUUUAGGAAAAAGGAUGGAAUAAUAGGAUUGUUAUAUCUGAAUAGAUUUUAGGAGUUGUAUAGAGAGAAUAAUCAAAUAAAAAGUUUCUGCCAUAAAUAAAUGGUGGAACAGCUUCAAUAGUUUAGAAAUAUAUAGAAAUGCAUAAAAACUAAUAGGAAUUAGAAAACUUGAUUGAAUGUGAACAAAAAAUAUUUGAAACAAAAUUGGAAUAAGUUAAAUAGGUACAUAAAUUAUAUAAUGUUCCGAGAAUACAUUAAGUAUGAAUUAAAAUAUAAGUAGAAUGUAUUUAAUUAGAUAUUGGCUUGUUCAAAUGAUAAAUUAAGUGUAUUAGAGGAGGAACUUAAAUUAAUGGAUUAGAAGUUAUCUCCAAUAUUACAUUGUAUGUUUACAAUAACAGCAAGAGAGAAUUGUUUGAAUUAGAUAUUGAAUUUAUUAAGAUAAUCAUAACAAUAGGAGGAGAGAGAGAGAGAGAAAUUAAAAGAACUUAUUAGUGAUUACAGAAUAUUAUCAUUAAAUACUUUGGAGAGUAUAGUAAAAUGGUAACAAUAUGUUGAACAUAAGAAUUUGAACAUUCAAUUUUGCUUAGAUGAUAAUAUUUUAUAUUGUGAAAGAUUCUAUUCAGAUUAUGAAAUAUUGAGACCAUAAUUAAAGAAAUAUUUCGAAGUUUCUGAAUCACAUGAUCCAUUUUUUAUUAAAUAAUUGGGAAGUAAUCAACCAAAAUUAUAUGGAAGAGUGAGGAGAGCAGAAGUUGAAUUAUUGAAUUUGUUUUUUAACAAUAAUUAUUUAAAAUGAGAAAAUAAGCAGAAUUCGAACUGUACAAACGUUUAAAAUUACUAGGAGAAGGUUCAUUUGGAAAAGCUUAUUUAGUUGAAUGUCUUCAAGAUAAGUAAAAAAUAUACUUAAAUAGUUCAUUAUGGGUUACUAAAUAUAUGGAUUUAGCAUCUAUGACACAAUAAGAAAAGGAAGAAACUUUGAGAGAAGCUAAAAUUCUUGAAUUUUUACAUCAUCCAAAUAUUGUUAGAUUUAAAGAAGUGUAUAGAACUAAAAAGGGACGUUUAUGUAUUGUUAUGGAGUACGCAGAUGGUAAAUUUGAUGAUUUAAGUAAGGUGGGGAUUUGUCUUAGAAAGUGAAGGAAGCUAAAGGAAAAUAUCUACCUGAAUCAUUAAUUUUAGAUUGGUUUACUUAGAUAUGUUUAGCUAUAAAACAUGUUCAUGAUAGAAAGAUAAUUCAUAGAGAUUUAAAAUGCUAAAACAUUUUCUUAACUAAAACAGGUUAAGUUAAAUUAGGAGAUUUUGGAAUAGCUAGAGUUCUUAAAAAAACUAUUGAAAAAGCUAAAACUAUGGUUGGAACUCCAUAUUACAUUAGUCCUGAAAUUAUUGAAGGAAAACCAUAUACCUUUAUGACAGAUAUCUGGUCUUUGGGUGUUAUACUUUAUGAACUUUGUGCAUUAUAACCACCUUUUAAAGCAGAAUCUCUUCAUUUCUUAGCUUUAAAUAUUGUCAAAGGCUAAUAUAAACAAAUUCCUAAUCAUUAUUCCAAAGAAUUAAGAUAACUUGUUACAUAAUUACUUUAAGUAGAUUAUAAACGUAGACCAACCAUUCAGGAGAUUCUAAGUAAUUAUUAUAUCUAUCAUUAGAAAUGCCUGUUAUCAUAAAUAGAAUUAAAAGCUUUCUUAGUGAAACUAUUUAAAAAUAAGAAUUCUCACAUACUAUUCUUCAUAAUAGAGUAAUCAUAUAUAUAUUCAUUAGAAUUUUGAAAUCAAAGGAAAUCUUGAUUAAAUCAAUCUUAUUCUUAAUGAGAAACCUUGUCCACCUUAACUUUUAGAAUUGAAUUCAAAAAAUCUCUAAGAAUUCCCUGAAAUUGUUAAGAAACCAUAAUCAUAACCAUAACCAUAACCAUAAAUAUAAGAUCCUUUUAUUUUAAGACCUCCAUAAAUAUCUAAGCAACCUGUAUCUAAACAAUAAGAAUUACCAUCAUCUAGAUAAAUUUAAGAAGCUCCUAAAAUUAAUGAAUUACCUAAACCCAUUUCUUGGGAAAUUCCUAAAUAAAACGAUAUUCCUAAAUAAAAUGAUAUUCCUAAAUAAAAUGAUAUUCCUAAAAAAUUAGAACCUAUUAUUACUAAAAAUUCUCCAAUUAUUUAAAAGAAAGAUUCAUAAAAAGAAAUUAUUAUUGAAUCAAAAAAAUAAUCUCCUCUAUUAUAAUAAUAAUAAUAAUAAUAAGUUCAACCUAAAAAUGAUUAAGAUAAACUAUAAUAAAAAAGUUAACCUAAUAAAUUUGAUGUUUAACCAUAAAAAAAACAUUUAAAAAGUGAAUAAGGUUAAGAUGAAUAAAAAAUUGAAUAACUAAUUUCACCUAAAAUUCCUUAAAAACUUAUGGAAUAACCAAGGUUAAUAUUUAUUUCUUAUAUCUAGACUUCCUACUGCUCCAAAAGAUAAAAAUCUUCCUCCUAAUAGUUAAAGACCCUAAAGUUCAAGGCAAUAAAUACCUGAUUAAAAAAAACCUUAAAAAAUUAUUAUUGAAAAAAAAAGACCUACUAGUGUAGAUAAAUAUCCUCCUGUCAAAUAUUAAGAUGAAUAGGAUUAAGGUUUUAAUAAUAUAUAACGAUAAGAAGAAAGAAUUCGAUAAUUAAAAAUUAAAUAAUAAUCAUAGUAAAAAUAAAUAGAAUUGGAAAAAAGAGAUAAGGAAGCUUAACUAGUAGAAAAUUAAAUUAUAAAUGAAAAGAAAUAAUCAUAAGAAAAAUAAUAAAUUUAAAAAGAUAUUUAUAAUUAAAAAAAUAUUGAAAUCAAACCUCUAGAAAAAUCACCUUAAUUUGGAGGAAAACAAUAAAAAGAUUCAAGGGUGUAAAUUAAACCAAAAUCUAGUUUAUUAGAAAUUGUUUAAUAGAAAAAUAAAGAUUUAGAUCUCAUGCUUCAAGAAUUAUAUGGACUAGUAUAGAUUGAUAAAAAUAAAAAUAAUUAACCUGAAAAAUAGGGUAAUUAUAAUGGAAAAGAAAAUUAUUAAGAUUAUAAUGCUUUACAAAUACCUUAAAUUGAAGAUAGAGAAGAUGAUGAAGAUGAAUCAUGCGAUAAAAAUGUUAAGAAAUAAUAAUAAUAUGGCAAACCUAUCACUAAAGUAGAUGAAGAUUGUUUAGAAUUUAUAAGUUAACUUGAUUAACGCAAUACAAUUCUUAUUAAAAUUGAAAAAUAAAUAGGAUAAGACAAAAUGAAAAGGACAUUAGAUAUUUUGCGUUCUGCUGUAAGUUAUUUUUAUAUAAUCUAUAUUAGUUAAAAAAGAUGAAUAUAGAUGUAAUUGAAUACAAAUAUGGUCCCAAUUAUGAAAAUUUACUCCCAUUUUUAACUUCCGAAGAAAGGAAGUAAUGUGUACCACUUUUAAUAACUCAUAUAAUUUUUUAACAAUGA